AUGGAGCGGCGGGCGCAGCAGCCCGGCGACGCGCAACAGCCAGGCAAGGACGGCGGCGGCGACUCUCCUCCUCCACCGCCACCGUUCUUGGAGGUGACGUGCAGGAGCUCCGGCAAGGUCCGGCGGUUCGCGGCAGGGACGACGGCCCGCUACGCGCUGCACGCCAUCAACCGCAAGCUCGAACCCGGGGCCCCGCCGGCGCUGCACGUCGAGGCCGUCAGGGACGGCGAAGAGCCCGUCAGCUUCGGCCCCAGCGCGGCCCUCGCCGACUACGGCCGCGGCUGGAGGCUGCAGACCGUCACCGCGCAGGACGCGCCCGGGAUCCAUCACGCGCCGCACGCGGACACGAAACAGGGUGACAGGCAGCUAUCCAAAGAAGAUGCCGUUGAUACGGAGGCAGUAAGGGGCACUUGGAUCUAUGUCGCCAAGAUCGUGCUCGCGUUUGUGUUUCUCUUCCUGUUAGGUGGAUUGCUCACGUACCUGCUGGAGGUGAUCCCUGAUAUGCUGCAGACUGCAUCGGCGCUUGAAUUAUCUGAAUUUUUGUAG